GAGCGCUAAGCCCGCUCCCUUCUGCCGCGGAGACCCCUCCUCCGGGGCUGGAACCCCCGAGGCCUGCCGAGAGCCGCCCGCGGGUCGCCUCCACCCCGGCGGCGGUGGGGCCGGCCCCAGCAGCGCUCCGCCCCCGGUGCCCCGGGGGGCCGGGCCGGGCCGGCUUCCUGCAGCGCGGGGCGGCGGGGACCGGCGGCAGGCGGCGGCGGGAAGGGAAGAAGAGAAGGGGAAAGGGGCGGCGGCAGCCAUGGAGGCGGCGGCCGACUGCCUCAGCCCGGCUGCUCGGCAGCAGGCUGAAGCAAGACUCGCAGCAAAGCGAGCGGCACGGGCAGAGGCACGGGAGAUCCGAAUGAAAGAACUGGAGAGGCAGCAGAAAGAGAUCUAUCAAGUUCAGAAGAAAUAUUAUGGUCUGGAUACUAAAUGGGGAGACAUCGAGCAAUGGAUGGAAGACAGUGAGCGUUAUUCCCGUAGAGCCCGAAGAAAUGCCUCGGCUUCGGAUGAAGAUGAGCGCAUGUCAGUGGGUAGCCGUGGAAGCCUGAGGUCUAAUUUGGAAUAUACCAGUACAUAUCCAGUGGCUGGAUUAGAGAAUGACAGGACCAAAAAGAAGAACUACUCCAAAGCAACCAAUGGUUAUGAGGAAGACAUGUAUGGAUCAUCCCAGAGUAGAAAAUCUAGCAGGGCUUCGUACUACUCUGAUCUGGGUCUUCACAACAGUGGCUAUGCUUCCACAUCUCAACCUUCUUGCCAAAAUGGAAACUGGGCGUCUGUGUAUGACGAGAGUGUUCACAGUGGGAGUCGUCGGUAUAGUGCCUCUAGUUCUCGUGCUCCUUCUGAGUACAGCUGCUACCUUGGUUCAGGAUCUCGAGCAUCCUCAAGAGCCAGCUCUGCUCGGGCCAGUCCGGUGAUUGAGGAAAGGCCAGAAAAAGACUUUGAGAAGGGAGCACGUACUGUUUCAAGUUUAUCAGCAGCUACUUUAGCUUCUCUGGGUGGGACUUCUUCACGAAGAGGCAGUGGGGAUACCUCAGUCUCAGCUGAUACAGAGGCAUCUAUUAGAGAAAUAAAGGACAUCUAUGAGUUAAAGGACCAGAUUCAGGAUGUAGAAGGCAAAUACAUGCAGGGACUGAAAGAAAUGAAGGACUCUCUAGCUGAAGUUGAAGAGAAAUAUAAAAAGGCUAUGGUGUCAAAUGCUCAACUAGACAAUGAAAAAACAAAUUUCAUGUACCAAGUAGAUACCCUGAAGGAUGCGCUCUUAGAGUUAGAAGAACAGCUGGCAGAAUCCAGGCGGCAAUAUGAAGAAAAAAGUAAAGAAUUUGAGAGGGAGAAGCAUGCUCAUAGCAUAUUGCAGUUUCAGUUCAUGGAAAUCAAAGAGGCUUUGAAGCAAAGAGAAGAGAUGCUUGCAGAAAUCCAACAGCUGCAACAGAAACAGCAGAGCUAUGUCAGGGAAAUUUCUGAUCUUCAGGAGACAAUAGAGUGGAAAGACAAAAAAAUAGGGGCAUUAGAGAGGCAGAAAGAUUUCUUUGAUUCCAUAAGAAGUGAGCGGGAUGACCUUAGAGAUGAAGUGAUUGUGCUGAAGGAGCAACUGAAGAAACAUGGAAUAAUCCCAGAUUCUGAUGUAGCCACCAAUGGGGAGACACCAGACAUUCUUGACAACGAAGGACACUUGGAUUCUUCCAAAACCGUUCCAGGCACAGCUCAGACAUUAAAGGCAGGAGGGGAUGGGAUGCUAGGCAAAGCCAAUGAAGUGGACAUGAAAAAUGAGAUUUUGGAGGAUAUGGGGAAAAGAGAGAUCUUGCAGAAUACUGAGCAUGAGGAACACAAAGAGGAGUCUGAGGAGCAGGAAUUACAGACAUUGCAUGCUGAUGAAAAUGCAAAGGCAGAAAAAAUGGUUGAAGAAUGUGAUGCCCUGUCAACAGUGAUGUUACCAGAUAGCAGGUUUACAGAACAAAUUCAAAGCCUUACAGAACAUGUAUCAGGGAGCGCUUCUUCAAAUGAUGAUAGUGACACAGAUGAUUUGAGAAAGGAGACCGAAUCUGCAGGCACAGCAGUCCAACAGCCUGUUAGUGUGCAGGCUGAACACCAUGACCUAAAUGCAAGGACAAAUCAGAACUCGGAGGUAGGCUCUCUGCAAGGUCAUCAGAUUUUUGAGACUCCUCAGGAAAUGCCUAGUGUCUUAGGUACAGAUCAUGAACUGGAAAAAGCUGCACCUGAACAGGAAGAAAGAAAGGAUCUUAAAACUAGCCAUGGCCUGAGUGAUAAUGAAAUGGAUCAGGAAGCCGACAUUACAAGUGAGAGCUGCGAGGUGGUUUCUAAUCAAGCAGGGCUACCAGAGGUUACAGUAGCAGCCUUGCUUAGUGAAGACGUAAAUGUAGAGAGUCACACUGAGGGACUCCAGCACUCAGAGGAAAGUGCUGAAAAGAAGGUUACAACUGUCUUGGAGGAAAACCUUGGUGAAAGCCAAGACUGUACUGAUGGAAGAAUUGGUAAGACAGGAGGUGAUAGAGCUGAAGAAGAAAAUGAGGUGGUGAACACAGUUCAGGGUCAGGCGAGGGAAAGAGAGUCUGUGGGUCUGGAGGGGACGGAGCCAUGCGAAAGUGGUGUCCCAGCAGAGACCAGUGAAAAGGAAGGUGGAGGAGAUCAGGCAUGCGUCCAACCAGUUUCUUCAGAGGGCAGUUCUUCAGCAUCAUCAGAGGAACAAAAUAUGCAAGAUAAAACUGAACUUGAAAAUGUUAUAUCUGAGAAGGAUGGCCAGAAGGAAGUAUUAAUAGAAGAGUUGGAGAUGUGUUCAGAUUCUGCAGAAACAGGCGAGCAAGAUAAGGCAUCUGUGGAGGCUGUAGACUGUAUUACUGAGGUAAAAGGAAGUGUGCUGCAGCAGGCAAAUCCAGACACAGAGGCUGUGAAAGAGGUGAUGACUCAGGAAAUCAUUUUAGACCCAAGUCUUUCAGAAGACAAAAUUCAGGAGUCAGAAGCGGAAAUAGAGGAUGAGUCUGGGAAAGAAAAGGAAUGUAGGACAGAAUGCGUAGAAGAUUUAAAGCCAAAGGUAGAAGGUCAAACGGUCCGGUGUAGUGAAGAGACAACAGGUGAUACAGUGGGAGAGAAAAAUAUUCCUUUUGAAGGUGAAGCGCAGAAUAUAGUUCAACAAGAGGAAGGCAAAUCUAAAGAGGAGUCAGCUGUAGAUGUUAGUGUAACUACUGAAAACAAAGUUGAUACAGAAACACUGAAAGAAACUGAGAAAGAGUUAGAGCUUGCAUACCACCAUGGUGGUGGAUUUGCUUCUCAGGAAGGUGCAAAUAAUUCCCUGGCACAGAAAGCUGAGCAGGAUGAAAAUAUUAGUGAACAAGUUAAAUUGGAGGGUCAAACAGAGGGAAGAUUGGAAGAUGAUGGUGAUGCAUACGAUUUUGAUGAGGAGUCAAAACAGACACUAGAAAGUGAUGAAAAAUGUGAUGGAGAGAAAGCUGAUACACAGAAAGGAGAGGGUGAUGUAGCAAAUGGUGCUGUUGGAAAAACUGCCCGAACAGACAAAAUAGAAACUGAAGAUGCCUUGACUGAAGAUGACAGCUUGCAGCAUAAAAAAGGAGAUGAGCCUGAAGAAACAGGAUGUUUGCAAACGGAAGCGUCAUGGAAAACUGAUGAGAAGACUGAUGUGACAGAAGAUGACAUUAAAGCAUCAGAUGAAAGAUUAUCAGAUGAAAAUGCUUUGGAUCAGGAUUUGGAAAGUGCUGGCAAUAAUAGGGAUGAAAGCAAGGAGGAUUUGCAGGGUGGUAAAAGGAAUAAGGGUAAAUCUAGAGAUGACUGUACAAUAUCCUAAGUUCAAAAUCUCAAGACUACACGAGUUACAUGCCAUUUGAUUAGUCCCAGUACAGAAAAAUGCACUUUGCACGAUACUUAGGAAUACUCUCAAGGUUUUUUCUUUCUAGGUAACUCUCAUCAUAACACAAUGUUAUGUAAGUGGUAAUGAGGCAAGUAUUAAGUUAUUCACUGACAUUCCUAGCCACAAGAAAUCGUGUGUGGGUUUAGUUUUGCUGUGUCUCAAGAUUAAAGUUUAUUACCAAAAGAGCAAGCUUCACAAAUCAACUGUUCAGACUAUCUUGCAAUUAAAGUACUUAUAGCGUGUACUUCUAGGAUAACUGCUAUGGAGGAAUUUCUGUAUGAAAUUCUGUUUUUUCCUAGCCUAGAUUAUAGAUGUCUUGAAUGUACUUAAGUGCAUUGGACCUUUGUGAAUUAUGCACAUACUUAUCUGUACUUACGCGCAUUAGAUCUACCAUAAGUACAUUAACACUUCAUGAAGGAACUCAGUAGAUCAGCAGCACUGAUCUGAUGUUGAAACUUCUUCCUGAAGGAUUAAAGCCUAGGAACCAAUUUGUUUUUUUACUAGGGGAAAAAAAAGAUAUACUCAUUCCAUUUUGUGUGUAUUUCUAAUAUGGUCAGAAUCCAAACUAUAGUUAGAUCAUUGUGAAUCUGCUUAGUCUAAACACGUUGGAAGAACAAUAUAGUUUGAAGAAAGUGCAACAUACUGUCUUAGUUUGCUGAAAGGAAUAAAUUUAUACAUGUUUACUUCAUCUAGGCACUUUGCACCACAGUAGGCCUUUUAUACCGUGUCUCACACGGGUUUUUUAUUUUUUCUAAAGAAAGUGUCAAUACACAUUGUAAUUUGUGCUUAGGUUUGCUAUCAAGUACUGUCUACCUAUUAAUAUAUAAAAUAUCUUAUUUUUCCAAGAAGAAUUUUGUUUAAAAUUGCACUUUCUUACUGUGUUACAUUUUUUUUGUAAACUAUGAUUCCAAAGGAAUGCUUUUAUCUUUGAAAAAAUCUUUCCUCUUCCUUUCUGGAGAGAAGAUAACUUUGCAUGUCCUAAUUCUUGUUUGAUAUCAGACCAUAGAACAAAAAUAAUCUAUAUACUAGCCCCCGUGCCUUUUUGAAAAGCUGGAGUGCUUUGAAUUGCUGGCAUAAAUUAGACACUUUGACUCCAUUGGUAUAUUUCUUUUUGCAUCUUUGCUAGUGCUUGGGAGGAAGAGCAUGUUUUGCAUAACUAAAAAUUCAUUUAAGGUUGUUUUAAGCAAUGAGUAUCCCAAGGGAAUGCAAGUUGAGUUGGGGUGGGGGGUGACUAUGGAAGGCUGUAUUUGUGUUGAUGUUACAAAGUUGGAGUACAGACUGCAAAAUUUCAAGAUGUGUAUCAAAAUGUACUGAGCUGUAUAUAAUUGAAAUAAACAUAUUUUAUACUUAAAAUUGCCUGCCCAGAGCACUGUUUAUAAACCUGCAUAAAUAUUUAUUUAAAUCAUAUCAUUUCAAAAACAUUUUUCUGCAGCUUGCUUUAAAUUUAUUGCAUUGUCCUAUGUAGCUAGAAGUGCUAGCUUACUAGGAAUGGGCAGCCUUGGUGUUUGAGGACCUUCAAUAUGUGAUGGCACCUGUGACUGUAAAUCUGUAACUCUUUCCAUAUGGCAUCUCUCUAACUUACAACAGUUCCAGUAUGGUUUCUGUAAGUAUUAGCAGUUGUCCUUCUUAAGGGUUUACACUAAAUGCUAAUCUAAGAAGUCAUAGAUCUUAAAAGCGUUUCUUCUUACUAUGUAGCAGUGUGAAGACUUGCCUCUGCUAUACUUGCAACUGUAAUAUACCGUUUAAUAUUGAAAGUCCUUAAAAUGUAUUUAAGUGUAUUUAGCAUUCAAAUAUAAAUAAUUAAAUGUGCUUGCCAGGCCUCACCUAUACUCGUGGGUGGAUCUGUAAGCAACUCUGAGUUAAACUAGGCACAUGUCAGCAUUUCCAGUAUUUUUCAUACGAGUUUGUUUCUAAUGGAAAUCCUUCUGGAUGGUUGAGGAAAUUAAUGGUGAGCUGUUUUUAACCAGCUUUUCCACUUCAGAAAACAAAGCAUCUGUAAGAGAAGUCCUUUUCAAAGCUAAGUCACAGAUGGAGAAAUUAUGACAACUCCAGUCUUAACUAACUGUCCAUGUACCAGAUUUAUCCUACAGUAACUGGCCAGCUCUCAGUGAAACUAGGGUAGGAGCAGGAACAUGGACAGGCAGUGAAGAAUAGCUGAUGUACUAUAAAUCCAUUCUUGAACAUCAGCUGCUUGGUGCCUCUUUUGGCAGCUGGUCCCUGACUUCUGGAAUUGGGCAAGUACCGUGGAGAAGGUCAUAGUGUUCUUUACCUCUUUGGUUUUUGCUUGAGUAUAUGCACAUCAAGGGAUAAAUCAUCCUGAAGAUAAAGGGAGCUGAUAGAUGUUAUAUUCCAAACUUAAUAAUUUAAUAUUGUAUGCCAGCUAGCAUUUGAGUGAAAUGUGUGCCAAAAGAGAGAGGGAGGGGACAGUGUCUCAGGAGGAAUUCCCUAAAAAAUGCAUCUCUUGUAAAGUUACACAAUUGAAAACCAUUUUUAGUAUUUUUCCUACAAUAUCUAACAGAUACAAGGUAAGAUCUAGUUUGUCCCUUUCAUUGGUUUUGACUUUCAAAGACAGCAAAAUAUCAAAAACAGUCUUUUUCAUGAAGCCUAACAUGAAACUAAGAAAUCAUGAGAUAAACUAAUAUCAAGAUUCAUAUUUGCUGCUAUGAUAUUACCCAUUUGUUUUGAGCAGGGACAGUCUGCUGAUAUGUGCUGUGGUGAGCACCACUCGCAGUGUACAAGACUUUGGUCUUUCAGAACAACUCCAUAGCUCCAAACGCUCGGUGGAUUUUCUGUUCGAUACCUAGUGGAACAUGCAGCCUGUAGCCCAGGUUUGUGCAUUACUGUGAAUUCAGAGCUAGCCUGCUUUCAAAAGCAGUAGUUGAAGAACUUUUUCCUUAUUUAGCAAGUAAUAGUGAAAGGUCAGUAUUUCCUUUAUGACAGAAAAGAACAGUCCUCCUGUCCCGCUCAAAAUCAGUAUUGCAAGCAGCUGUAUUCUAAAUCCUAUGCUUAUUGGCUGUCCCAGCAGCCUGUCCCCAGCAGUAUCCCUCUUCUGAGAAAGACAGGAAGGCAUUUCUCUAUAUUUAUUGUUGUUUUCUUGUGAUCCAAAAUAAAUUGACAGCUCUGGAGAAGGAGUAUGACCCAAUGUGCUAUUGAUAUGCCAGUUGGGUUCUUGCAAACUGUUCUGAAUAGCUGCUUGGGACUGCUGGUGUGAUUUCAUGGGAUGCCUUCCCACCCUCCAAGUACUGUUUACCCCCCUCAUUUGUAUCUGUAUUAAUUACUUAAUGGGCCACACAUCGUACAAAUCUCAUUCAGUUUAAAACCAGCUGCUUCCCACCCCAUGCUCUUCUCCAAGUAGGAAAAGACAUCAAGGAUCUGUGGCUCCUUAGAGGAUGUUAGGUCAAGUGUGCCACCAAAGCAGCACCCUGGUUAGCCAUACCUUGAAUCAACUGCACUACCAAGGUAAUGAGAAUAGCGAUUUGACUUAUAAACAGGCCUGUACAAUAGCAGAAGACUUGCACCAGCCCUCUGUUAAGCUCCUUUGCAUAUGUAAGCAAUGAAUUGGUACAGUGAGUAGCCUUGGAAUCAUGUUACCAAAGUUAAAUUUAAGUGAGAUGAAUGUCUUGCUCUAAUUAUACAUUGUAGCAUCUUUGUAUGUGAAAAAAGGAAAAUUACUUUUAUAGAUAAGAAUUGUAAUUAGCUGCUUCAUAUGCUAAUUCAGGAGAUUGUUCUUUUGUACUCAUAGUUCUAGAGGUCCUGGGAUCCUUGAUUUGUUUGGAAAAAUGUCUCCUCCUAAUUGCAAAAAUAAGGUGGUUCUGCAGAGAUAUCUGUUAAAGCUAAAGUAAGUUUUCUGUGUUACUGUGGGGUUUUAAGAUAAGUGAAACCUAAGAGGCCUUCAUCUAUACAUGCAGAGAACCUUUCUACAUAAAUGGCAACUUUAGCAGACUGAUUUUUUCUGUGAUCUUGUAAAUCCUGCUGCCAGCAUAUCAUCUGUCCCAGCGGGGUGCACAGAUGUCCAUAAUGAGGGAAGAGAGAACUGAUGGUGAGAUGGGAUUUCAAGGUACAUCACAUCCGUUUUGCAGGGAAAGGGGUUGGGGAAAGCUUUUGUGCUUCUUUACUGGAACCUGGAGGAGGUGUCCUUUCUUCAUGCUGGCAUAUUUCACCCUGCAACAGUGGUGGUGCUAAUGCAAGUUACUUAGCUGUGUGCAUGACUAAGGUAUUUUCAGGAUCAAGGUGAAGUAUUUGGCCCCUUUGGAGUCAAUAAGUUUGGGCUAAUUUUGUAGUGGUCUAGAGGUUUCCUUCUGCAUCAGUCCUUGUUCUUUUCCCAGUUCUUAGUAACUUCAUUUCUUGAUCUCUGCUGACCUGUGACUCACAACUCUAUCUCCAAGUCUGAAAAUCUGACUUCCCUUUUACUGUUUGCUCCCCUUGCUUUCUUCAUUAAUUUUAUUUUUCUUCCCUUUCUUUCAUCUUCCACAUAAUCUCUGUCUUAAGCUUCUUUUCCUUCCCAUAUAGUUAUAUGAAAUUGUUUUACUAUUUUGAAGGGAUUUAUACUUGUAAAUUUUUGUUACUCUUGAUAGUUUACAAAAAUGUGUUUGGUUUGUUGGGGGUUUUUUGUUUUGUUUUUGUUUUUUUCCAUGUCAAUGCUCAGGUGUAACAAUGUUGAGUGUGUUACGAAUGGCUAAAAAAAAAAAGAUAGGACUUGAGGACGUUCAAAAUAAAUGCAUGGAACUGCUGAACAGGGAUGUCGCUUUAAGAUCUGUAUUUGGGUUUUGCAUCAGAAGCCAAGGUAAAGGUUUUAUUUCAUGCUCUAGAAUCACUGCUGGUAUAUGGGAACUUGUAUACCUGGGAGGGGAAUUAUUUACCACACUGUUACUAGCUAAUGGAUUGUACGUAUCUGCCAUAUAGAGGGACUUUAAUUUGAAAACUUCAGUUUUCCCCAUGAUUUGAUUGUAUACAGACUCGUUACUUCCUUUACUGCCUAUGUUAAAAAGGAAAAUGGUCAACCACAAGACUUUGGCCCAUUCAAGAUAAGAGGACAAAGCUUUUUUAAAAGACUUCAAUCUAUCAAAAGAAUUUACCUGGUAAAAGCCCACCAGCCUUUUGUCUGUAACUUGUCAAUUGUUUUCCUUAAGUUUACAAAAAGACCUUUUUCUUGAGUGACCUUUGGAUUUUAACCAUUUAAUUAACAGGCCAGACCCUAGAUGUGGAGUUGAGCUCUGAACACCCACUGGCUUGGUUCUGCACAAGUGACCUCCUGCUGGCAAGGGAGGCAAGCUAAAUAAAACUGCACUAAACACACACGUCAAACUUGUGAAGUAAGACCUGCCUGAGGUCAAUAUGUCCUCUCCUCUUCUAACAAGAAUACUUGAAUGUUUUGUUCCGGUGUACUUCUGUUGAGGUGUACCUGAACAAGCUAAGGUUGUUAAGUUAUGAGGUAAAGUAAUUUUAGGGAUAAGAAAAUUUGUAAGUUCAGAUUUGUUGCAUACAGUACCUGCUAAAAUACAUUCACAUUUUGCACCCCUUAAUAGGGAAGAGAAAACCCAAGUGAUUUGGUUGGUUACUUCUAGUUAGGUUUUUUUCCAGUUGUGUCAUUCUGUAGUGUGUACUUCAUUUAUCAACGCCACACAUAUCCAUGUGCUGCUCUGUAGCACUUCCAAGCUCAAGUGUAACACGACAGUUGGUCUGGAUUGCCGAUCACCUGCUUGAUGUUUGACCAGGAGAAUUGAUUAUGAAGGACUAAAGAGAAAAGAAUGUUUUACCAGACUGCUGCAUUUGAAACUAAAAUAAUUUAAUGGGGAAAUGUUUUUGGUUUUUUUCUGGUCAUAAUACUGGAGAUAACACAAAAUGUUAUUGCCAUGCUAUUUAGUAAAAGAAGCUAAAGAUCUAAAAUGGUGAGAAUGUGCUUAAACUAUGAUUAUAGGUGUUUACAGUAUUUUCAUUAUGUUAAACUGUAAAGAUUUGAGAUUUUGUGUUGCAGUUGUGAUUGACCCUAGAGUUCUUGCAUGCUAACCUAACGUAGAAGAUUAGCCUUUUUGCAUGCAGCUGGGUGCUGCUACUGCCGUGACAAGCAUGUUCUGUGAGAAUGACAUAACCUCCCCUGGCUGCAGCCCCUUUCCAGCCUUGUCUGUGGCCUCAUUUCCUGUGACAGGCUGAAAAAACUCAUCGAUGAACGAGAGUCCUUACUGGACCAGGU